UGCUAGCAUGCUAACUGCCUCGAUCGUGUGCCACUUCGGGAUACCAACGGAUCCAACGCGAGAGGCCCUCUGUGUGGAUAAACGUAUCGAGGUGGACCCGGGCCUCAAUUCUGGGAUAAUUUACAUCAAAUUUAUCAGAUUUAAGCCCAAAGAGUGGCACGAAGUUUGCUCAGCUAGUAACGGACAAAGACUGAACUCAGCGCCAGAAGCUAGCAGCUAGCUAAAGUAACGUAGCCACACAGCUCAUGUUCCAGUGACCAAAACUGAUUUUAACGGAGUUUGUCUGGUGGGGAAAAGGCUCCUGCUGGUUGGUAAAAAUGUCUAAAGCCCAGAUGUUGAGGGUUUUAGUGAACGAGAGGCUGACUGCGGCUGUUGAAGAGGUUUUUGACCUGUUCGAGAAAACGAUAGCUGAGUAUGAGGAGGAAAUCUGUCUCACAAAAGAGGAAAACAAGAGGCAGCAGAAACUCCUGGACGCCGUUUUCAACCCUGAAAUCCAGCUUCAGAAAGCAGACGUCAAACAGCUGACGGUGAGAAACGAAGUUCUCCACAAGCAGCAGGAGAGGAGCUCCAGUCUGAAUCAGGAGACGUCAACAGAUCCACCACGCUUUAAAGAGGAAGAGGAGGAUCUGUGGGACAGUCAGGAGCUUCAAGGAGCAGAUGAUGAUGAUGAUGAUGAUGAUAUUAUCAUCUUCACAUAUGAUCCUGUCCGUUUGAGGAGUGAAGAAGAAGAUGGAGAGAAAUCACGGCCCUUAGAACUUCAUGAAAACCAAAGCGAAGAGAACAGAGAGGCAGCGCCUUUGGAAACAGAAGCUGUUGGAGAGGACGGUGGAGGAUCAGAACCAGAUGGCGACUUUGAUCCAGACAGUUAUUUACAACCAGUUACUCCUGAUGAGACUUCAUUCCUGUCUGGAUCUGAUACUGAUGACAGUGGUGAUUGGGAGGAUAAAGCUGAACUUCAGGAAAGUUUAAACCCCGGGCAAGCCCCAAGCUUUGUCUCAAAGGAAAAAAUGCAGAUUGAAGGAUUGGAACCAUUUCAAUGCUCAAUUUGUGGUAAAAUCUACUCAAACAAGCAGAGCUUAGCAACUCACAUACGACGCCAUUCUGCAAGACAUCGUUUCAACUGCCCAGUUUGUAAGAAAGGUUUUCUGUUUAAAGGACAAUAUGAGACACACAUGAGAAUCCACACAGGAGAGAAACCCUUUGGUUGCUCCAUCUGUGGUAAAAGGUUUUCAGACAAGUCAAAUUUGAACUCUCACGUCAAAUUGCACAAAGGGGUCCAACGUUUAUCUUGCAACAAAUGCAAGAAGGUUUUUGUUGACAAAAAAGCUUUCUUAGAGCACAUUAAAAUCCACACAGAGAAGCAACACUGCUGUUCAUUUUGUGGCAAAUGCUUUGCGUCAAAUACAGACCUGCAACGCCACAUCCAUGUCCACACAGGAGAGAAACCUUUUAGCUGUUCGUUCUGUGGGAGAAGGUUUGCAUCCACUCGAGAUCUCAAGCGCCACAUGCUUGUCCACACAGGAGAGAAACCUUUUCAUUGUUCUGUUUGUGGGAAGACAUUUGCGUUGAAAAACAGCCUCAAACUGCACUCGUUUGUUCACACUGGAGAGAAACCUUUUAGUUGUGCAAUUUGUGGACAAAGAUUUUCUCAACAUGGCAGUAUGAGGCGACACUUGACGAUCCACACGGGAGAGAAGCCAUACAGUUGCGAUGUUUGUGAUCAAAGAUUCACUCGGCGUGAUACUGUGGAAAAACACAAACAGACAUGUCGCAAGGCUUCACCUUAUCCAAACGCUGAACUCAACUUCCUUGCCACACCCUCAACACUAAAAUAGCGUGCACCCAGGUCUAACACUUCACAGACUAUCUGAAGACUUCCACAGGAACUUCAACAAGAAAAACACCAGAAUAUGGCUAUAUUCUUCAUUCUAAAGCAUUCAGCAGUGUGGCAUUAUGGAUUCAUUUGCCAACUACUGGACAAUAACCUCUAACUCCACAAACCCUCCUUCCUCAGAAAUCAACAAAUCUCACCCCCUCCACCCACAAGCAGGAGUUCCAAGGCUUGAGACUAAGGACAUUUUUCAUCCUGGGGAUGACACAAAAUGGGCUUUGGGGGAACAAAAGUCUUUCUUGGGAUUCUGUCAGGGUGAAAAAGAGUAGUAGUAUGCAUGUCAGUGUUCGAAAAAAAGCAGCUGCCUCCCUUAUGAUGGGUGUGUCUGUGCACACAUUGAAUUUCCUCGAUCCACCUGCAAAAGUUGUAAGUUAAUUAGGGAUUUGUGGCAAAAAACAUCAUUUGAAUCCUGGUCUACUGUUAAUUUGGCUAUACAAUCAGAAUCAGGCAGACCUAAUUGAUGUCAGAGUGACUGUGUUUACAGUGAUACGCUCUAUGUCAAUCUCCAUUUAUUUUUGCCAAAAAAUACAUUCACCUGCCACUUUAUUAGGUUUACCUUGCUAGUGCCGGAUUGGACCUCUUUAGAACUGCCUUAAUUCUUCACGGCAUAGUUUCAACAAGGUGUUGGCCUUCAGAAAUUUAGGUCCAUAUUGACAUGAUAUCAUCAUGCAAUGGCUGCAGAUUUGUCAGCCGCACAUCCAUGAUGCAAAUCUCCCAUUCCACCACAUCCCAAAGGUGCUCUAUUGUAUGAUCUGGUGACUCUGGAGGCCACUGGAGUAAAGUGAACUCAUUGUUAUGUUCAAGAAACCAGUUUUAGUUUAUUUGACCUAUGUGACAUGGUGCUUUAUCCUGCUGGAUGUAGCUAUCAGAAGAUGGGUACAGUGGGGUCGUAAAGGGAUGGACAUGGUCAUCAACAGUACUCAGGUAGGCUGUGGGCAUUUAAACAAUGCUCAGUUGGUACUAAGGGGCCCAAAGUGGUCCACCACCACCAGCCUGCACCGUCAAUACAAGGCAGGAUAGAUGCAUGUUGUCAUGUUGUUUACACCAAAUUCUGACCCUACCAACUGAAUGUUGCAGCUGUAAUCAGACUCAUCAGACCAGCCAACGUUUUUCCAGUUUUCUUUUGUCCAUUUUUGGUGAGCCUGUGUGAAUUAUAGCCUCAGUUUACUUUUCUUAGCUGACAAGAGUGGCACCCAGUGUGGUCUUCUGCUGCUGUAGCCCAUCUGCUUCAAGGUUUGACGUGUCGUGUGUUCAGAGAUGGUAUUCUGCAUACCUUGGUUGUAAUGAGUGCCUAUUUGAGUUGCUGUUGCCUUUUUCUUUCAUCUUGAACCAGACCAACCCAUCUGGAACCAACUACCAUGCUACGUUCCAAGUCACUUAAAUCCCUUUUCUUCCCUAUUCUGAUGCUCGCUUUGAACUUCAGCAAGUCAUCUUGACCCCUCUACAUACCUAAAUGCAUUGAGUUGCUGCCAUGUGAUUGACUGAUAUCCUAUUUGUAUUAACAAGCAAUUGAGCAGGUGUACCUAAUAAAGU